GGCGAGACCGAUAACGGGUUAUUUUGUAGAUGUCGCGCGCGCUGAAUCGAAAGCGCGUGAUCUGACUGGGACAGGGUUCACUCCUCGGGGUUAACAUCUAUAUAUUGCAAAUAAAUCCGCAUAUUCGGGGGAGACGCCCAAAACAAACCACAUAUGGUUGAAAAAGGCACAAAUCUUCUGAAGAGGAUGGAGAUCGGUGUGGCUGAAGCAGAGAAGAGAACUGGGAAAAAUGCUGUCAACAUGCAGGAGACUUAUACCGUGUAUCUUGUAGAGACCAGGGCAGUGGAUGCUUCGUCGGAAGGGACCACUCCUGUUCCAGACUCUCUCUGGAGACGCUACAGCGAGUUUGAGCUCCUUAAAAACUAUUUGUUGGUCACAUAUCCAUUCCUGGUGGUUCCGCCUUUACCUGAAAAGCGGGCUGAAUUUGUUUGGCACAAGCUAUCAGCUGACAACAUGGAUCCGGAUUUCGUGGAGAGGCGUAGAGUUGGACUGGAGAACUUCCUGCUUCGAGUGGCCUCGCACCCAGUUCUGUCCAAUGACAAGAUCUUUUAUUCAUUCCUUACUGAGGAAAAUGGUUGGAAGGAAUCUGUGUUUGAAACAGGAUUUCAGGCGAAGGCGGAUUCAAGAUUAAAGGCUUUGAACGCUACAUUCAGAGUGAAGAAUGCAGACAAGCGAUUUGCAGAUAUGAAACACUAUGGAGAUGAGCUACAGUCUGUUAUUUCUCAGCUCCUGAGAGUACGAGCGAGAGCUGCUGAUCGCCUGUAUGGUGUCUAUAAAGUGCAUGGAAAUUAUGGAAGAGUCUUCAGCGAGUGGAGUGCAAUUGAAAAAGAGAUGGGAGAUGGACUGCAGAGCGCCGGGCAUCACAUGGACGCGUACGCCGCCUCUGUGGAUGAUAUUUUAGAAGAAGAAGAGCAUUAUGCUGACCAGUUGAAAGAGUAUCUUUUCUACGCAGAUGCAUUAAGGGCUGUAUGUAGGAAGCAUGAACUGACACAAUUUGAGCUGGAGAUGGCUGCCCAGGAUCUGAUUUCUAAAAAACAACAGCAGGAGGAACUUGCCACCGGGACGUUACGAACCUUUUCUCUAAAGGGGAUGACCAGUAAGCUGUUUGGGCAGGAGACUCCGGAGCAGAGGGAGACCAAGCUAAAAAUGCUGGAGACACAGAUUGAGGAAGGAGAGGAAUUAGUCAAAGAAAAAAACACAGAAUGCGAAGAGUUUGUGAAGAGUGCAUGGGUGGACAUUGAGAGAUUCAAAGAACAGAAAGACCACGAUCUCAGAGAGGCUCUCAUCAGCUACGCCAUCAUGCAGAUCAGCAUGUGCAAAAAGGGAAUUCAAGUAUGGAACAAUGCUAAAGAGUGCUUCAGCAAGAUGUGAAUGUCCACCAUCACAACACCAGAAGGCCUUGGACACAUCAAGAGAACUCCAGAGAAGCACAGAGAUGGAGGGCCAACGUCUUGCUCUCAAAUCUGUGCUUAAUCUUUUGAAACAAAAGUUCUGUAAAGAUACUAAAUAUUAUUGACAACACUACAUUCAGAGAACUAUAAAUGAACAGUGUGGUUAAUGUUUAUUUCCAGUUAUGUUCUGCAGCCGUAUUCGGACCUGGUUGCAUUUUAUGACUGCACUUUUUUGUGAGGCAAAAAUAACUUUAUUAUCAUUCCUUGUGGUUACUCCAAAACUAUAGAAUGAUUUCUUUACAAUUUAAUGUCAAAUUCUUUUUUUAGUAUUGAUUAUCUUUGUGCUUUUGAUGCCAAUAUUUGUGCUUAAAUCUUUCCUUUUAUGCUUUUUUUAUUACUUGGGUUCACCAUAAAGUUUUCUUGCAUGCAUCAGGCCAUAAAGAGUACAUUUUGGGAAAGACAAAAACAUUUCACAGUGUGCCCAGCGGUUCCAUUUUUAUCCUGCACAGACCCCUCACCAUAAUGGCGGAUUUGCACAUCUGGAAUGUGUCUAGUUUCUUAGAAAAUCUGAAAUGAGCUUUAUCAUCUCCACUGAAAAGCUAGAUUUUCAUAGGAAAGCACCAUAUCUUGACUUAUUUGCAUAAAUGGUAAAUAUGCCAUGAAUCCUGUGCCACAAACAAAAUCUCAUGAUUGAUGUUCAUCACAACAUCUGUUACUUUUCUGCACAUGCAGUUAUCAAGCAUGAGCUGUUUAUAACCACUGACCCACUAGUUUUAUAUGGAUCAUUUCAGCUGUUUCUGUUUAUGCCUUAUCCAAAACCUAACUGUGCAUUUAUUCUUUGUUGCUAUUGACGUACUACGAAAGUCACAUUUGUGACCUCAAGUGGGCGGAUCAAUGUUUUGAUAUAAAUCUAGCUAAUGGAACUGUAAGAUCACACAGGAAAGACAGGAUUAAAUCAUUUUUCGCGUUUUUGAGCUGCAUGUGUGUAACUCGGCUUGACCCCUGUUUUUUUGUGAUAUUAUAGUGGGGGAAAUAUUUGUAUAUAAUGUUAAAAUCAUUGUUGUGUGACACUAAUGAUGAUUAAAAAAUAACACCAUUA